AGUCUAUAUAACAGCUCUCGCCUGUCAUCCGGUUAUCAAAUCGCAACGAUUAUUGUACCCGUGCACGAAUCCGUAUUGUACUACUACCACAGCCAUCGUCUUCGUCAUCAUGAAAUCGUUAGCAUUAAUCUUCCUAGUCGGUUUGACCGUGAUCGUGUUGGCAAACGGCUUGCCGGCCAACGACAAGAAGGUCGGCAAUAGCCACAAGCUAAAGGCGUCCACCUCAACCACUACGAUUUCACCGGGCCGCAAGUGCGACACGGUUUGCACUCUUGACUACAAACCUAUUUGUGGAUCCGACGGCCAAAAAGUGAACUUGAGCUUCGGCAACAAGUGCGUGAUGGAGAAUUACAACUGCGAACACAACACGAAACUUACGGUGAAGUCCGAAGGCGAAUGUCCCAACAGCAAAGGCAUCCGUCUCGCUUAAGACCGCGUUUGGCGGCCGAAAAAUGACACCAUCGCGCUGAUCUAAUAGAAAGUCAAAUAAAAUUUGUGUAUUGUUUUUAUUUUUUAAUUUUUAUCGAGUUUAUAAUAAGAAUAGUAUUUUUUAUUUUAUCCAUUGUGUCACAGCUGACGCCUAUUACACACUAAAAAAGUAGUUCACAAGCACCAAGCAAAUGUUGCGCUCAAAUUCCAAAAAUCAGAUUUUGCUGUUUUUUUCUUUAUUGUAACACACUUAGUCCGUCAAAGUCCUCAUGUUUUUUUUUAUAAACAAAAGUGUCGUUUAUUACUAAAUUUUAUUACGAUUUAUACUAUUGUUUUUUUUUAAACUCAAAUUUAGCGCUGGCUUAUUUAUUUUGUUUGUACAAUACUAGUUUAUAUAAUUUUCCCAAAAUCCGUUGCAAAUACAAAUUAUUUGUUUAUCUGAAAAUGGUUUUCGGUUAGGUGGAGUAAUAAUUUAAAUCAAUUAUAUUAAAAACCUAGUAAUCUAGUGUAAAACUAAAAACGUUAAUAAAAUGUUAUAUUGUGCUGAAAUAUUUUCUUUUAUUUAAUUAAAUCAUUAAAAAAUAUUAUGGUAUUUCAACUGCUGCCUGGAAAUCAACUUGACCUUAAGACUUAAUUAGUUAUUUGCUUAUAAAAAAAAAAACAGUUUCAUACAUAUACUUUGAUCUAUUUGCCUUUUUAAUGAGUCAAAUAAACGUCGUGACUAGUAGGGAAAUAUUAUAAGUUAUUUUUUUGUAUUAUUUUUUAUUUAUAAUGUCAACAUGAUGUCAACAAGAAAGCCAUUCGGUGGACCGUAAUUGAUAAAUUAUUUUCACCAUCAAAAACUACCGCGACAUCUACAAGAGUGAAUAUGAAGUGUACAAUAAAAAUAUAAUACCCGUUGCCAAGUAUAACGCUACAGAAAUAAAUUUGUUCUAAUUUCAGUUAUAUACUUUGCUUUACUAUUAUUAUUUUUUUGUAUAAUAGGUACAUUCGUCCGAUUCGGUUAGUAUACAACUGAAAUUACAACUUUAUGUUUGUAAACUGAUGAAAUCCAAAUAAAUGAUCUUUGAGUUAGA